AUGCAAUCGACAGCGACUUUAUUCCUUGGGCUCCUGGCCACUCUGGUUUCAGGGGCAGCCUUCAACAAGCAUGCCGCGCUAGAAGAUUGCCUUCUAGGGAGUUCCACCGUUGUGGACGAAGUCGGUUCCGAAGAUUAUAACCGUGAUGUUACGCCUUUCAAUAAUCGGCUGCGUUUCUUGCCCGCCGCUAUCGCUGUGCCAACCACGGUAGAGCAGAUUCAGAGCUCCGUGGCAUGCGGUGCAAAGCUAGGGUAUAAGGUAACUGCGAAAUGUGGAGGGCACAGCUAUGCAUCUUUAGGUCUUGGUGGAGAGGACGGUCACCUUAUCAUCGAACUAGACCGCAUGAACUCUGUUAAACUAGAUAAGGAGACAAACAUCGCGGUUGUAGACUCGGGUACGAGGCUAGGCCAUCUAGCAGCAGAGCUAUAUGAGCAAGGAACCCGAGCUAUAUCCCACGGAACUUGCCCUGGUGUUGGUAUUUCCGGCCACGUCCUGCACGGCGGGUACGGUAUGAGCUCUCACACGCGUGGGCUAGCGCUAGAUUGGGUGAUUGGAAUGAACGUUCUCCUCGCAAAUGGAAGUCUCAUUCACACCUCGGCAACAGAGAAUAAGGAGGUUUACUGGGGUUUGCUUGGUGCCGGUUCGAACUUCGGCAUUGUGACGAGCUACGAACUUAAGACGUUCGAGCCUCCUGCGAAUGUUACUUGGUUUGUUGCCAACUUGCCGUUGAAGCAGAACACGUCUGUUGCUGCCUUGGAAGCCUUAGAAGAUUAUGUUUUGAACACUAUGCCGGCAGAAUUAAACAUGCGUCUCUUUGCCACGCGCCAGUUUACCCAACUGGAGGGUGUCUACCAGGGUAACAAGACAGAGCUUGAAGCGGCGCUCGAACCGCUUUUGGAUAAGAUGGGAGGGAAAUUGGCGACGGCCCAGACGACUACCUGGCUCAAGGGUCUUGAGCAUUUCGCUACGAUGAAACUUAACCAGACGUACCCCUAUAAUCAAGUGCAGGAGAACUUCUACGGCAAGAGCCUAGAAUUAAAAGGCUUGCAUGGGACCGCUGCGAAGAAGUUUACGGAUUAUUGGUUUAAUGUCGCCAAGAAUGAAACCGCUCGUUGGUAUAUCCAGUUGGAUCUUCAAGGAGGCAAGAACUCGGCGGUGUGGAAAGCUGACCCAGAGUUGACGUCUUAUGCGCAUCGCGAUAAGCUCUAUAUUCUCCAGUUCUACAUGACGACGGAUGAUACCCCUGAGACAGGCUUUGAUUUUGUGAAUGGCUGGGCAUCGGCAACGACGGAAGAUCUGACGGCAUCUGACUGGGGAAUGUACUUCAACUACCCAGAUACAAACCUCAACCGGACCAAGGCCCAGGAGAUGUACUGGGGUGAGAACCUUGCCAGGUUGCAGCAUCUCAAGGCAGAGCUGGACCCUGAUGAGCUAUUUUAUUACCCGGUGUCGCUUAGUCCGGCGAGGCAGCCCGAGCUCAUGUAG